ACUCCAUCUCUAAAAGGAAAUGGCCUAAAUGGUUCAGGAAAAUCCUUUUCCCUGCUCACUUCUAGAAGGUAGAUGCAAGCAAAAAGAUGUCAACAAGAGUCUUGUUGGUUCUGUUUUACAAUGCAUCUCUUUCUAUAGUGAGUCCUAGGCGAUCAAAACAUAUUGGGGGCAACCUCAAGUCACCCAGAUUUAAUCAGUAGUUUUCUUUUGUCCCUUUAAUAAGGUGCCAGUGGGCACAUAUGCUUUCUGUAUUAAGAGGCAUUCUGCAUUAAGAAGUAAUUACCCAAAUGCUUGCUGAUGGGUAACUCCAUAGGUUAAUCAAUAAGCAUUUAUUAAGCACCUACUAUGUACCAGGCAUGCCGCAUGUGCAUUGUUACUGGGGAUACAUAGGAAGACAAACAUGAAAUAGUCCCUGCCUUUAAGGAACUUACAUUGUAUUGGGGAAGACAACGUGCACUGAUAUAAGUAUACUGUAUAUAUAAGAUGCACACAGUACUGGUAGAUAAAAGACUCUCUUAGAGAAGAAGAGUUAGGAAGCUGAUGAUCCUCUUCUCUAAAAGGGCCUUCUGGGAAAGGUGGAGCUUUAACUCAGGCUGGAAGGAAACUAGGAAUUCCAAGAGGAAAAAGUGGCUCAGUGGAUAGAGCACCAGGCCUGAAGCCAGGAAGACCUGAGUUUGAAUCUGGCCUCAGACAUUUCCUAGCUGUGUGACCCUAGGGAAACCACUUAACCCUGUUUGCCUCAGUUUCCAUAUUUAUAAAAGGAGAUGGAGAAGGAAAUGGAAAACUACUCCAGUAUCCUGACCAAGAAAACCCAAAUGGGGGUAGGGGGAGUUGGACACUAUGGAAAUGGCCAAACAACAAGAACAACAAAAGUGAUAUCAUUCCAGGUAUGGGGACAGCCAAUGUACAAAGGUGAAAGAUUAAGCUAGACGUUCUUUGGGAUAAAACACUACAUUUGGAAUCAGGGAGAUCUGAGUAAAUCUUGUCUCAUGCUUACUAGCUGUAGGAUAGAUUAAUUAGUCUGAGCCUCAGUUUCCUCAGCUAUAAAAUGAGAAUGUUUGACUUGGUGAUCUCUUGGAUCCCUUUUAGGUCUAAACUAGGGUCUCUUUUCAGUCUAAAUUUAUAAGCCUACAUCCCCUAUAUAUUGUGUUUAAGGAAUAGCAAGCAGUAGGUCCAUAUGGUUGGUCCAACCAUCAAGUUGAACAAAGCAAGGGAAUUCAUUUGACUAGUCUCUUACACUUGACCUGCAUCAGCAGUUAGGCUUGUAGGGGACAGAACAAGGAGGGGAGCCUUCCCAAUAUUUCUCAAAAUACCCAGUUCCCUAUUCCUUCAAUUUAUGAACCCAGCCCCUUCUCUGAGCAGAGUGGCUUUGGUCCCACUGUGGACAUCAGGCUUCUGUAACAGCUCUCUCAAAGCCACCCAAGGAUUCUUCCUUCCCAGGAGCUUCCAGUGCUCUCCAUUCUUGCCUCUCAGGCACUUCUAGACCUAGAUUAAACAUUCUUGUUCCCAGGCCAUAUCAGUAUUUGGGGCUACUCAUGCAAUUUUUUAAAAAAUAACCCCUUACCUUCUGUCUUGGAGUCAAUACAAGGCAGGAAAGUAGUAAGGGCUAGGCAACGGGGGUUAAGUGACCUGCCCAAGGUCAUACAGCUAGGAAAUGUCUGAGGCCAGAUUUGAACCCAAACCUUCCCAUCUCUGGGCCUGACUCUCAAUCCACUGAGCUUCCCAGCUGCCCCCCUAGUCACAUAAUUGUUAAACUCAGUGUUGGGUUAUAUAACAGAACAAAUGCUAAGGACUUGGAAUCAAGAUUCCAUUCCUCUCUAUCCCUAUGGUCUAUUCCCCUGAUUGGUUGGUUCCUACCUGGACCUCCAUUUUAAGAAGAAAGCCCAGACAAACCUUUAUUUCUCUUCAGGCUGUACUCCUCACUCUCUAGAUACCUACUUCUUGCCCUAACACCCUCUCAGUUCCAUUUUAUUUUGUCUUCUCGCAUUAGUAGGUAAGCUCCCUGAGUGCAGAUGCUGUCUUUCUUUCUACUUGCAUUUGUAUUCCCUUUACUUAGCACAGUGCUUUCUGUGUGUUGACUUCCAUUAAGGAAAUAACCCACUAUUUCUCAAGGUAGCUUAUUCCACUAUUGCUCAGUUCUUCUUAUUGCCAAGUUCUUCCUAUUGAAUUAAACUCUGUCUUCCUGUAACUUUCCAUCUUUGGUUCUAGAAUUCUUCUUCAGAUAGUCAUUCAGAAAGUUGAUGAUGGCUAGAAGGUCCUUCCCAAGUUUUCCCUUCUCCUAGCUAAACAUGCCCAGUUCCUUCAACUUUGGAUUGAGAGACAGACAGAUCCCAUCAGCUGCUCUCAGGGUAGACUAAAGAUACCCUUGGAACUUGUGCGAUGUUGGAAUAAAAAGCAGAACAUGUGGGUGCAGGCAGCGAGCUUAAAAGAGAACUGAAAUAUACAUAUCACAUGAUAAAGAAGUUGAGCAUGAGACAAAUAAGAAAAAUAAGAACAAGAGCUAAGAAAUAAAAGCUAAAAUUCUUCUUUCUAGGGGGCAGCUGGGGGUGGUAGCUUAGUAGAUAGAGUGCUAAUCCUGGAGUCAGGAACACUCAUCUUUCUGGGUUCAAACCUGACCUCAGACACUUACUAGCUGUUGACCCUAGGCAAAUCACUUAAGCCUGUUUGCCUCAGUUUCCUCAUCUGUAAAAUGAUCUGGAGAAGAAAAUUCCAAACUACUAUAGAAUCUUUGCAAAGAAAACGAAGAGUUGGAUGUAGUUAGAAAAUGACUGAACUAAAUCUUUCUUCCUUAGGAAAGGGUGGUUUGGAGUUGGGGUAGGGAAGUUAGGUGACUGAAUGGAUUGAAAGCCAGGUUUAGAGAUAGGAAGUCCUGGGUUCAAAUCUAGCCUUAGAUACUUCCUAGCUGUGUGACCCUGGGCAAGACACUUAAUCCCCAUUGCCUAGCUCUUACUGCUCUUCUUCCUUGGAACCAAUACAGAGCAUUGAUUCUAAGAUGGAAGCUAAGGGUUUUUAAAAAGAAGGAAAGAAAAAAAGGAAAGAAAAGAAGGGAAAAGGGUGGUUUGGACUUGAUUUUAAUUAUAGGCGAUUUCUGGCCAGAUUAUAUUUGGAACUCACUUUAAACAUAUUGCCUUGGCUAACCUGAGUUUGAAUACCAGUUCUUUCCCUUUGUGAUCUUGAGUAAGCCACUGUCUUUCUCAGACCCAGGCACCCUAUGUGUAAAAUGAGGAGAUAAAAGGGCAAGAUAAUUACUAAGGCCUUAGAGAGGCAGCAUAGCUCAGUGCUUGCUGGAAUAGUUAGAGGAUAUGGGUUUGACUGCUGGUUUUGCCACCUGUUGACUAUAUGACCUUUCUGUAUUUCCUCAUCUGUAAAUUGACCAGUAAGUCUCAGUUUCUCCAGUAACUUGUAAAGCAAAGGCUUAUAUUAUGAAUUAAUAAAUAACACAAGCCUCAGGCUUUUCUCCUGCAUAAGAUCAUGGAAUCAUAUAGUCUUAGAAAUCAUCCAGUCCAAUACCCUUAUUUUACAGAUGAGGAAACUGAGACCCAGAAGGAGAAAGGAACUUGCUCAAAGUUACACAGGUAAUAAGCUUGAUAGACAACCCUCACAGAAUCUUUGUUGCCUAUUAGGCACCAAGGGGAACAUAGGAAGGCAAAAGCCCAGGCUACCAUCUCAAGUUGCUAACAACUGAGUUUCAGUUAUAUUUGGGCCAACACUAAUCCUUCCAGGACAGUUUCUCAACAGAAAUCCUAAGAGACUGAUGAGAGUUUCACUUACUCUGAUUCUUCACUGGUGGCCAAGCUAAGAAGCUAUAAAGUAGCAAGAAAGGAGGGAAGAGAAGAAAUGGCUCAUGAGGGUAGGGGGGAAGAUGUGUGAGGAUAUCCAUUCAUCAUUCCCACCUGGGCUAACCCUAUCUAGAUAAUUAAGAAUGUUUUGCAUUCAGAAAGUCUUCUGAAGCAGGUCCAGAGAAGGAGACUUCAGCAUUCUGGCUGGGGUAGCUAAGAGGAAAGAGCCAAAUCCAGGGGAUGUUUUGCUCAGAUCCCGUGACUCAGGCUGCUUCAGAACUCUCCACCAGGGAACACUGGCUGGUGCUGAGAGUGCUGACCUAGGCUAGGAGAAAUAAAAUUCAUCACAGACUUAACAGGAUGUUAGGACUGGGAGGGACCCUGUAACAUAAUAUGUUAGAGCUCCAGAAAACCUUAGGAUAUUGGACAUAGAAUGCCAGAACUGAAAGGGACCUUACAAUCUAGAGUGCCAGAGCUAGAAGGGGUCUUAUGCUUUUUUCUUUCUUUUUAAAGUCUUACCUUCUAUCUUAGAGUCCAUUCUAAGUAUCAGUUCCAAGGCAAGAGAGCAAUAAGGACUAGGUGGGUGAUGGCGAACCUUUUAGAGACCAAGUGUCCAAACUGCAACCCUCAUGCUGCAUGUAAGCUGCCCCCCUUUACCCCAGACAGGGGAGAGAGGAAACUCUCCCAUUGGGCUGCUGGGCAGAGGAGCAGGUGAUGAGAGAAAUGUCCUUAGGUGAGAUGGAAAGGGAGAAAGGAGCAGCCCUCUCCAACAUGUGCCAUAGGUUUGCCAACACAGGACUAGGCAAUGGGUGUUCAGUGACUUGCCCAAGGUUAUACAGCUAGGAAAUAUUUGAGGACAGAUUUGAACCCAGGAUUUCUUGUCUCUAGGCCUGGCACUAUUCACUGAGCCACCUAGAUGCUCUUAUGCUUUUCUAUAGGCUAUCUACCCUAACCCUCUUUAUCUCUACCUUUUGAAACCCAGCCACUUUCCUUCAAGGCUCAAUUCAAAUGCCGCCUCCUAGAGGAAGUCCAUCUAGCCUGAAUUUCCUGGCUGAGCUGUUCAUCUGUUGGCCUUCCUCACUCCUUUACCAUAUCACAGUCUAUUUAUUCAGUAUAUAUUUUCUAUUUCCUUUUCUGUGUACCUGUUGACCCAACACAGGGCUUGGCAGUUGCUAGCCUGAAUAAAUGUUAGUUGAACAGGUUAAUUGAAUGCCAGGGCUAGAAGGGACCUUGGAGAUCUUCUAAUUCAAUCUCCAAAUUCUACAGAUGGGGAAACUAAGGUGCUGUGAGUAGCUUCUCCCAGGGUGCCAUGGUGCUUUUAAAAUUUAUUUGCAUAUUGAGAUAUGGCUUCUCUCUGAAGCAAAGUGAGAUAUCCCCACCCUAAAUGUUUCUGACAGCCCAGGGAGGGGGUGAUCCCAUAGACUCUCAAAUGCCCAGAUAUGAAAAGCCGACACCCCCAGGGAGGGGCUGAUGGCCUGAAGGGCGGAGAGGAACUGGAGGCAGCUGCUUGCUGGGCAGCUUUUCUUCCCAAGGCUCCAGCUAUCCCGGCUCGAGACUCCUCUCUGCCUUCUCCAUGGGUUAUGGGGCCUCACCUUGAGGUGAAUGAAAAUGUCAGUCGGAAUGUGGGCUAGGAAAGAAUGCUGAGCUGCGUCCAAACCUACUCGUGUUUGUGUUUCACUCUAUGAGUGACAUCAGAACCCUUGGAGUAUAAGACCCACAGGACUGGACUGGAGCCAUCGGCCGGCUGCACACACACAUACGCACAUACACACUCACACACUCACACAUACACUCACACACUGCUGCCUUCCAGCUGCGAGUAGAGUGAUAUGGUGAAGCCAGAGAGCCGGGAGCAGCAUGAGAACUCCACAGGAGAGGCCCCUCCUUGCGCUCUCUCUCCUCUGCCUCCUGUUUGAGGUGUGUGCCCAGCUCUGCCGGAUGCCAUGUACCUGCCCUCGGAUUCCCCCACGCUGCCCUCCUGGGGCACCCCUGGUCCUGGAUGGCUGUGGCUGUUGCAGGGUGUGUGCUCGGAGGCUGGGUGAGCCCUGUGACCAACUCAACAUUUGUGACCAGAGCCAAGGACUGGUGUGCAACUACAGUGCCAGCCUGGGAAACAGGAGAGGCACCUGCAACUUUCCAGAGGAUGAUGGCAGCUGUGAGGUGAAUGGGAGGACCUACCGGGAUGGGGAGACCUUUCAGCCAAGUUGCAAGUUCCAAUGCCACUGCUCUGAUGGGGGGUUUACCUGCAUCCCCCUUUGCAGUGAGGAUGUGAGACUGCCCAGCUGGGAUUGUCCCUACCCCCAACGAGUUGAUGUCCCUGGGAAGUGCUGCCAAGAAUGGGUCUGUGACCAAGGAUUCCAACCACUCCCGGCCACAGGUAAUGGAUCAAACCCAGGUCAGCUGUAGACAGAACCAUGAGGU